ACCGCAAUCGCGUCUACAUGCAGAAUCCGAACGCUGCCUGUGACAGAUUCAAGAUUCGAUCCGUCUCUCGCCUCUACCGGAUCGAUCUCAUUUCUAUAUAAAAUAUUUAUAUAUAUAUAAUUUUAGUCCAGUGUAGUGCUUUGUUUUUCACCACUCAAAUCAAAUCCCCAAAUCUGGAAAUUUCCAAUUUAGGGUUUAGAGGCGUUCGUCUAUGUUAUGCCGAGCGGGAGGUGAUCGGAACCCUAGCAAGGAGUAGGAGGCAAAAUUGACGACAAUCACGGCUCUAUUACGAGUAAAUCGGCCGGCGGCGGUUGCACAUGUCCGAGCAGUCCGACGCAAGGGUUGUGUAACGCUGAGCAACCCUUCGCCGCACGGCGGACGUGGAGCUUUGCCUUCCGAAGGCGGCAGCCCUUCCGACCUGCUGUUCCUCGCCGGCGGCGGUUAUUAAUCCCCACCCCCACUCCCACCCCUACGCUGUGUAAGCUUUAUUUACGUAAUAACCCUGUAGAGUUCGAAUUCGGUAUUCGGUGAAGAAAAAGGAAUUGAAAACUAAACAUGAUGAUUCUGAGUAUUAAGAGAGUUCCGACUGUCGUUUCCAACUUCCAAAAGGAAGACGCCGAUGAAGGCGCCGGCGCCGGCUGCGGCCGCAAUUGCCUCAGAAGCUGCUGCCUUCCAGGGGCAAAGCUACCUCUGUAUGCUUUUAACAGAGCAAAAAACACUAAGGGAUGUGUUGACGACGAUGACACCAAAAAUCCCCCCGUUGAUUUCUUAAAUUCCCUUCUUCUCGGAGAGUGGGAGGAUCGAAUGCAGAGAGGCCUUUUUCGCUACGAUGUCACAGCCUGCGAAACUAAGGUGAUUCCGGGGGAGUACGGAUUCAUCGCGCAGCUAAACGAGGGGAGGCAUCUCAAGAAGCGGCCAACCGAGUUUCGUGUCGAUGAGGUCCUGCAGCCCUUCGAUGAGAGCAAGUUCAACUUUACCAAAGUCGGGCAAGAGGAAGUGCUGUUCCAAUUCGGGGCGAACGACGUUGCCAAAACACACUUCUUCCCAAAUGCCCUGAUUAAGGCAGAAACCUCGCCCAACAUGGUCGCCAUCAAUGUCAGUCCAAUAGAAUACGGGCACGUGUUGCUAAUCCCCCGGAUUCUCGAGCACCUGCCACAAAGAAUCGACCGCGAGAGCUUCUUGCUCGCCCUGCACAUGGCUGCCGAAGCAGGGGAUCCGUACUUCCGCGUGGGGUACAAUAGCUUGGGCGCAUUCGCCACCAUAAACCACCUCCACUUCCAGGCCUACUACUUAGCAGCGCCGUUCCCGAUCGAGAAGGCUCCUUCGAAGAAGAUAACCACCACGAGUGGCGGCGUCAAAAUAUCCGAUAUUCUCAAAUAUCCCGUUCGGGGCCUCGUCUACGAAGGUGGAACUACUCUCGAGGAUCUCUCGAACGUCGUCUCCGACUCCUGCAUUUGUCUGCAGGAGAACAACAUCCCCUACAACGUCCUCAUCUCCGAUUCCGGGAAAAGAAUCUUCCUAUUCCCACAGUGCUAUGCGGAGAAACAAGCGCUUGGGGAAGUAAGUUCUGAGCUUCUCGACACUCAGGUGAAUCCGGCGGUUUGGGAGAUAAGCGGACAUAUGGUGCUGAAACGGAAGAAGGAUUACGAGGAGGCGUCGGAGGAGAAUGCGUGGAGGCUCUUGGCGGAGGUUUCGCUGUCGGAGGAAAGGCUUCAAGAAGUGAAGGAACUUAUUUUUGAUAAAAUUUGCUGCACCUUCGAGGAGGAAGUAGUUGCCGCCGUCGAGGAGGCGGAUGCCGCUGCUCAGCCGCGGGAAGACAGGGAUGGGCUCAAAGGAUCUCAGCCGACGGCCAUGGUCAAUGUGUAGCUCAGCCUGAAUGAAUCGUGUCCUGAUUUGCUUUAAGUUGUUUAAGCCCUGUGACUGUUAUGCUUUUGUUUAGUGUUUUGCGUUGUUACAUCGCUACUCGCAGCUUCUUCCACCGUUUGUAAUGGAUUUGUGUUCUCUUUUAUCUGAGUUUUUAUGUUUGCUACUA